AUGGUGAAGCCGGUGCUGGGCCUGCUGGCGCACCUCCACGCGGCGCUGGUGUUCCUCCCCAACAACGGCGGCCCGGCCGGGGCCGGGGCCGGACUCGGACCAGGCGGCGCGGUGGGGGCGGUGUACGACGUGAUGCGCUACGGCGCCCGGCCGGACGGCAUGACGGACGCGACGCUGCCGCUCCUGCGCGCGUGGGCCGACGCGUGCCGCUCGCCGCGGCCGGCCACGGUGCUGGUGCCGCCGGGCAUGUUCCUGGUGGGGAGCGCCACGUUCAUGGGCCCGUGCGCCACCCGCGCCGUCACGUUCGCCGUGGCCGGCACGCUGGUCGCCCCCUCGGGCUACGGCUGGGACAGCGCCUCCCCCGGGCGGUGGCUCACGUUCGAGUCCGUGGAGGGCCUCGCCGUCUCCGGCGGCACCCUCGACGGCCGCGGCGCCUCCCUCUGGGCAUGCAAGCAGCAGCAGCAGCAGCAGCCGCGCCUCCACUGCCCCUCCGGCGCCUCGUCGCUGACGAUCUCCAACUCGAGGGACGUGGUGGUGGACGGGCUGAGGUCGAUGAACAGCGAGCUGUUCCACGUGGUGGUGCUGCAGAGCAACGGCGUGACGCUGCAGCGGGUGACGGUGGACGCGCCGGAGGACAGCCCCAACACCGACGGGAUACACAUCCACAUGUCCAGCCACGUCUCCGUCUACGACGCCAACAUCCGCACCGGCGACGACUGCGUCUCCGUCGGCCCGGGCAACUCCAACCUCUGGAUCGAGCGCGUCGCCUGCGGCCCAGGCCACGGCAUAAGCAUCGGAAGCCUGGGCCAUCAGCAAGGGCUGGACAUGGAGGACGUGCAGAACGUGACGGUGAAGACGACGUGGUUCACCGGCACCAGCAACGGGCUGAGGAUCAAAACCUGGGGGAGCUCCAAGCGGGGCUUCGUGAGGGGCGUCACCUUCGAGGACGCUACCAUGACCGCCGUCCACAACCCCAUAAUCAUCGACCAGAAUUACUGCCCCGGAAAAGUUGGAUGCAGCGACCGGAGUUCGAGCAUCAAGAUCAGCGAGGUGAAGUACGUGGACAUACGGGGGUGGUCGACGACGCCGGUGGCCGUGACCUUCAACUGCAGCAGGAGCCACCCGUGCAGCGGGAUCAGCAUGCAGGACGUGAAGCUGACCUACGACAGGCGGGUCGCCAAGUCCUCCUGCCGGAACGUUGAGGGCAGAUCGCUUGGCCUCGUCCUGCCCCCAAGCUGCCUCUAACACGACUACAACUCUCAUGACGAUCGAGAUGCCACACGUGUAACAUAAUUGGCUAGUAUAGUGAAUAGCAGUGGCGCGACAUUUACAAAUAUAUGUUAAUUUGGUGCAUAUGAUUUUUAUGAAUGCUUCAAAUUGUA